UCCGAUUCGAUUUCGUUAACAAAGUCGGUGACGUCCAAGGUCGCGUGCCUUAAAUUCCUGUAUCUUCCGACAAAAAGAAAAUUCCUGUAUCGAUCUCUCGGCAAUCCAGGGUUCCAGACUCGGAAUCGAAAUCCCCUAUUCAUCAAUUUCUCCAAUUGAACUUCGAUCCCCAGAAACCUCUUCAUAAUGCAACCAAAAACACAUCAAAUUUUCCUUCAAUUUCCAGAUUCUGGCGUACAAACCCUAACCCUAGACCACACCCAAGCCAUAACUCUCCACAGCCUGAAGCGCUCUCUUUUUCCGAAUGGGAAUCUCUCCUCUUUCUAUUUCACACUCAAUGGAAAACUCCUUCAUGAUUCUACAGUUAUUCCAAAUCCGCAAAUUUCUUGUCUUUCUACUCUCAUUUUGCGCUCUCGUCUCCCCGGAGGCGGUGGCGAUGGCGGCGCUACGGGUGCCGAGUCCCGGGACUGCUAUCUGAACAUGUACGCGGACAAAAAGCCUGAUAAGGUUGAUCCAAACGAGCAGAGGCUAUCGAAAUGGGUCAAUUGCGCUCUUUCCAACGAGCCCUUGACGCAGCCCUGCGUUAUCGAUCGCCUUGGUAAUAUAUUCAACAAGGAGGCGUUAGUACAGGCUCUGAUAGGCAAAAGAUUACCCAAGGAGUUCGGAUACAUAAAGGGUUUAAAGGAUAUGUUAAACAUCAAGCUAGAACCAAUUCCUGGUGGGGAAUCAAACAAUGCAAGAUUCCAUUGCCCAGUAACAGGGCUGGAGUUCAAUGGGAAGUAUAAGUUUUUUGCUUUGAAGAAUUGUGGCCAUGUUUUGAGUGCUAAGGCAUUGAAAGAGGUAAAAUCGUCAUCGUGCUUGGUUUGUUACAAGGAGUUUGAGGAAUCUGAUAAGGUUGUGAUAAAUGGGAACGAGGAGGAGGUGGCAUUUUUGAGGGUAAAGAUGGAGGAGGAGAGAUCCAAAGUGAAGGAUAAGAAGCCAAAAAAAGUGAAAAAUGGGGAGAUGGCUGUGGCUGUUAAUGGAGAAGAUAGUGUGGUUUUGGAUCCACAGCGUUUAAGUGGGAAAAAGCAUGGGAUAUUUGAUGCUAAGGGUGUAGAGAAAGUUGAUGGAAGAGUGGAAGCAAAUGGGAAGAUUGAAAAUUUAAAAGGAGCGACUAAUGGGAGCUCAGUGAAGAGGUUUAAGGCGGCUGAUAUGGCACCAGCCAAUGCGACCAAAGAGGUGUAUGCAUCUAUAUUUACUUCUUCUAAGAAGUCAAAUUUUAAGGAGACAUUUAGUUGUAGGUCGCUCCCACUUGGUAGGAACUGAUUGCUGAAGCUGAUUAAGGGUAUAGUCUAUGCAUUUGUGAGAUGCUGCUUUUAUUUUUCUUUGUGCCCUGUAAUUCACAGUUAAUUGUUUGAAAUAGAAAGGUCUGAUGUCCUGAGGCUGGUAAGCCUUUGUGUCAUCUUUGAUGGCUUGCUGGAAAAUCAAAUUCUGUGUAUUAUUGUGAUUUUUAACUUUGUAUCAUGAGUCAUUACAUGGUGAUUUUCUCUCU